AUGCGACGCAAAGUCUCCCUUGCGCUUGCCAAUACUUCACAGCGAGUCGUUAAUUUGCGAGGACCUGCAACAAAGGCGGAAUCGAAGGCAAGACCUGGACGAGAUGGUGAUCGUGUCGGAAGUGAUACUUUGGCACAACCGCAGCUAGCGGGGAGAGCACUAGGGUUCUUGAAGCCUGAGAAUGGUCUGCGUCAGGUCUGCUUUCACGUCUUGAGGCAUCCCGUCACCGAACCGCUGGUACUUCUCGUUAUACUGCUGCAUGCAAUCAUUCUCGCAGCGGAUUCUUUCACAGCAGAGGCGAACGGCUGGGGUGAUUGGACUGAUUGGACCCUCCUUGGAAUUUUCACAUUUUAUACGCUGGAGCUUGGCACUCGUCUUAUUGUCUCUGGUGUGCUUUUCAACCCCGAAGAGCAGAGUGCUCGAAAUGCUCCAGGAGCGCCGCCGCCUUCAUCUACAGCAUUACCUCAGCAUCUUUCUGCAUACAACAGGACAAUGCCUAUCGUGGCAACACUCGGACGUAGUCGAGAGCAAGCCGUCAGCAAUAGCAUCAAAUUCGUGAGACGGGCAUUCUUGCGAAAGUCCGCAAAUAGGUUCGACCUCAUUUGCGUCCUCAGUUUCUGGCUCUCAUUUGGCUUGUCCGUCACAGGCGUCGAGCUGAAAUAUCAUUUCUACUUGUUCAGAGUAAUUAGCUCGUUGCGUAUCAUUCGGUUGCUCAACAUCACGGAAGCGACCGCGACAAUCCUACGCAGUCUAAAGACUGCUGGUCCACUCUUGAGCGAUGUAGCCUUCUUCGUUGCCUUUUUCUGGGUCUUCACUGCUAUCAUCGGUGUUCAGGCUUUCAAAGGCUCGCUACGCAGAAGUUGUGUCUGGGUCGAUCCAAGUGGUCUUCAAGCCAAUAUCACUACAGAAUUGCAGUCUUGCGGCGGGCAUCUCUCUGACGGGGUCGCUCGUGGGUAUCUUUUGGACAAUUGGCAGUCCUCCAACGAUGCACCAAAGGGCUAUCUCUGCCCAGAACAAUCUUAUUGCGUCCAAGGGUCGAAUCCUUACGGCGGGACGGUCAGUUUCGACACCAUCUGGAACGCCAUGGAACUUGUCUUUGUCAUCAUCUCUUCGAACACGAGCACCGACUUGAUGUACCAAACCAUGGCCUCAGAUCGUUUCCUUGCUUGUCUUUUCUUCAUUUGCAGCACCCUUCUGCUCACAUUUUGGCUCAGUUCCCUUUUCAUUGCUGUGGUGACAAACUCUUUUUCUGUCAAUCGAGAGGAACAGCGCAGACUGGCGGCCAAAGCAAAGGCUGUCAAGAGGAAUCUGCAAACAAAUCCAAGUCCCGGAGCAGCACAACCCCCUGGACUCAAGUUCUGGAGCCGAAUGAAUGGCUUCUGGCUAAGUGUCAUUGUCAUCUCGCUGGCUGCCGAUGGAGCUAGAAAGGCGCACAUGUCAGCUCAGUCGAAGUUCAUCCUCGAUACGGCCGAAGUGGUAUUCACGGUCAUGUUCGCAGUUGAGAUCGUCCUCAGAUUCUUGGCGCAUCUCCCAAAUUGGAGAUCGUUUCUCACAAAGUCAAACAUCUUUGAUAGCUUCCUUGUGCUCAUCACUUGUCUGAUUGAGGUGCCUCAAAUUCGCGGCAUUGGCAGCAAUGAUGAGCUCUACAGAUGGCUUUCAGUCUUUCAGAUCCUACGUGUCUAUCGUGUGAUCCACGCAAUACCCUUUACAAGACAUCUAUUGGCGCGCAUCGUUGGCGACGUACACAGCUUGCUGAAUCUACUGUUCUUCGUCAUGGUCUCUGUCUUGAUUGGCGCGUUGCUCGCAGCACAACUGCUCCGGGGUGAAGUGUCUGAUGAGCUGUACGGAGAACAGCAGUUUGUGACGUUCAAAAACAUUUACAACUCCUUCUUUGGCAUGUAUCAAAUCAUGUCGACUGAGAACUGGACAGUUAUCUUGUACGGCAUCCAAAUGGCACAGGCUAAAUGGAAAAUGGCAUGGCUUGGAGCUACCUUUGCAAUUGUCUGGUUCAUCUAUGCGCAAUUCAUUAUGAUGUCUUUGUUCAUUUCAGUUCUUUCUGAGAGUCUGGAGGUCAGCGAAGAGGCUAAGAGGCGCGAGCAAGUCAAGACCUUUGUUCAAAGGACCUUGCCUUCGCUAGUUGGACACGACAAGGCCACGCCAGCAAUGGCAACCAUCGUGAAACGUUCGCGGCCACGCUCUGCAACCAUUGACGAAUUUGGGAACAUGAUGAACGCCAAAAGUGUGCAAGCUUUCCUGGCUGACGAGAUAGAGCCUCUCGGCAAGCGAGCCAUGACAAUGCAGAAUCAAUUUCAAGGCCCAAUUCUGCGGCUAUGGGACACCUGUGUGGCAAAAGUCAUGCCCCUCAGUAGCAAGUCCCCUGAGCAGCGCAACCCAUUCAGCAGUCGCUUUGAGCUUGUCACCGAGGAGAGCAUCUCCUCUAUGCAACCUCACACCAUUGCGGAACAGGUCAUUGAAGCCCACGGAGACCUGCGCAUGCAGCAAUUGGCGUAUUUGGCAAGGCAUCCAGAAUAUAAUUAUGCUCUUUGGUUCCUCAAGCCGCAAGCAAAACUACGCUCUUGGUGUCAGUACCUUGUUGCUUGUAGUUGGGGCGAGCGAAUGCAAGGACAUCCUCCGUCCGCCAAGCUGUGGUAUGCCUUCUCAGCAGUGACAUAUGCGUGUACACUAUGCAUCGUCAUCUCAGCCUGCAUGGUUACGCCAAUCUACCAGAAGGCUUAUAAGUUACAGGGUGGGCAGCAUGGAAUAGCCUGGUACACCUGGCUUGAUUUAGGUCUGACCGUUGUCUUUACGCUGGAAGCCUGCUGUAAGGUGUUUGCAGACGGAUUUUACCUCACCCCCAAUGGCUAUCUACGCAACACAUGGAAUAGGCUCGAUUUCAUGGUGCUUUGUACACUGUGGGUGAAUUGUGUUGCUGAUAUUGUGGACGACGGCAGUGUCAGUCGUGCUUUUCGUGCCUUUAAAGCAUUGAGGGCCUUGAGGCUCGUCAAUAUCUCCGACAAGACCAAGGAAAUAUUUCACGACGUUUUGAUCGCAGGAUUCUGGAAUAUUUUAGGUGCUGCUGUCGCCUCGCUCGCCCUAUUGAUUCCGACCGCUAUCUGGGCGCAAAAAAUGUUCAGUGGGCUUCUGGCCGGAUGCAACGACUCUGAUGUCGCCAACAAAGCCUCCUGCAUCAACGAGUUUUUCUCGACGCCAGCAGCAUGGUCGAUCCUCGUGCCGCGACAAUGGGCCAAUCCGCGCUCUUACUCAUUCGAUGAUUUUGGUAGUUCCCUGCUGAUUUUGUUCGAGAUCGUUUCUCAAGAAGGCUGGACCGCUGUGGCAGCUUCAGCAGCUGGUAUCACCGGUAAAGACCUACAGCCUCAAUUCCAACCUGAAGCAUCUACUGAAAAUCGCAUGUUCUUCGUGCUUUUCAACAUGGCGGGUGCCGUCUUUGUGUUGACGUUGUUCAUCGCUGUUAUUCUACAAAACUACAGCGAGAGAUCUGGCCUCGCGUUUCUGACGACUGAUCAACGCUCGUGGCAAGAAAUCAAACUGCUUUUGAGCCAAGUCCGGCCAAGUCGUCGUCCUGCUGACGCCCCGAAAACCAAAUGGCGCCGCUGGGCCUUUUUCGCCGUGAAGAAACACAGCACAUGGCAGCGAAGUGUGUUUGCGGUGUAUGUCAUUCACACCGUCAUUCUGAUGACUGAACACUUUGCGAGUAAGCCAGCGUACAUGAUUACGCGAAAUACACUAUUCUUCGUCAUCCUUGCUUUCUACGCUGUCAACCUGGCGGUUCGCGUUGUGGGUCUGGGCUGGAGACUGUUCUUGAAAAGUCGAUGGAACAUUUACAAUCUCGCUAUCCUGCCUUUCGCCAUGACAGCCUCAGUUUUGACGGCGAUCUAUGCAGACAACGUUGCCUUUGGCACGCUCCAAAAAGUCUCUCUGGUCCUGCUGGCUAUGAACCUGAUUCAUGCUAUCGAUUCACUGGACACGCUUGCGAAAGUGGCUUCAGCUUCGGUUCCGAUUCUUGCGAGUCUGUUUGCUACUUGGCUUGUUCUCUUCAUCACCUUUGCCAUCGCAUUCAAUCAGAUUCUCGGCCUUGUCAAGAUUGGUGACAAUGGUGACCACAAUCUUAAUAUGAGAAGUGUCUCGAAAGCUCUAGUGGCCUUAUAUCGCAUGAGCCUUGGCGAAGGCUGGAAUGCCUUCAUGCAUGAUUUCACCGUGCAAGAGCCGUAUUGCACGGACAGUGCCAAUUUUUACGACUCCGAUUGCGGCAACCCUGCUUGGGCUUACUUUCUCUUCAUUGCCUGGAACACAAUGUCUAUGUACAUUUUUGUCAAUAUUGUGCUUUCGCUGGUAAUGGCCAAUUUUAGUUACGUUUACCAACGCACUGGCUUCAUGGGCAACAUCACGAGAGACCAAAUUCGCCAAUUCAAGCAAGUCUGGGCCAAGUUUGACGACGGAACAGGCCAUAUUGCCACUGAAGAUGUUGCAAAGUUUCUACACAACCUGACAGGUGUAUUUGAGGUCAAGAUCUAUCCUCAAGAACUUUGUGUUGGCCGCUUGCUGGCAGAGUGCACUUUGCCGUCAGCCAAUCCAUCGACCCGAGAGGUCAAUCUUGCCUUAUUGCGAUCCAGUCUCCGCAACAUCGAUGUUGACACCAUAAAGAAGCGAAGACUGAUAUACGAGUCCAUCCAUACAGAACUGACGCGGAUUGAUCCAAAGAACCGCGUCUCAUUUGGGCAGACCCUGCUGGUCAUUGCCUACAACAAAUUUAUCGAUCAAGAUAGAAGUCUGCAGCUUCUGGAGUUCUUCAGACGCCGCGAAAUACGCAUACGCGUUAUGCGCAGUCUUCGACAAGAGCAAGUUGUCAUCUUUCUUGAAAGAGCAUGGAGUAAACGGAAAUUAGCCAAAAACAAGAUGGUCUUAGACGGCAAUUUCGACAGUAGCUAUCUGUCUCUUGAGACCGAGGAUAUUGGGAAUUCGCCGACAGCAAUGGCGUCUACAAAUGCAGCGCAGCCUAUGCAUUCGUCACGUCACGUUUCCAGUCGUUCAGUGACUUCAGCUUUGCCCAUUAAUCAACUUGCUGAAGCUGAUACUGAAGAGAAGGCCUUGGACGACUUACUGCACAAGUCAGUCUGGGCUGAGGCAUUUGCAGAAGAUACUACACAGAUGCAGCUACGACACUAA